AUGGCGACGCCUCGCAGCUCUCUGGUGACUGUUGCGCUGCUUUUGUGGAAUGGCCUGAAUAUUCUUCCUUCCUACACUGACUACUUCCACCUGAACACCACGACGCUCGCUGUUCAGUCGGCCAUCGGCUGGGCAGGCCUUGCGUGUGCGGGCUUCUUCUUCGGCCAGGUCACGGACUGGCUGGGCCGCAAGAAGGCUAUGUGGAUCAGCGCUGCCAUCACCCUUAUCGGAGCGAUCUUGCAGACUGCUUCGCAGAAUGUGGCCAUGUUCGUGGUUAGCCGAUUUAUUGUUGGCGUGGGCAACGGCUGCGCCUUUCUCUGCGCCCCCGUCUACCUGGCCGAGGUGCUGCCCCUGAAGUGGCGCGGCGUCGGCUUGGGCCUGUUCAUGGCUUGCUUCUACGUCGGCGGCCUCCUGGCUGCCGGCAUCACCUACUGCACGGCCAAGAUGCAGUCGACCUGGGCCUGGCGCCUGCCAUCGGCCAUCCAGGGCGUCCUCACCGUCAUCUCCGUCACCGUGCUACCCUUUGUGCCCGAGACGCCACGCUGGUUGAUGUACCACGUCCGCCCCGAGGAGGCCCUUCGGGCCAUUGCGGCUACCCACGGCGACGGCAACCACGAGGGCGCCUUGGUGCUGGCCACCUACAAGGAAAUCGUGGAUUCGAUUGCCGAGGAGAAGAAGGCCAGCAAGCUGAGCGCCUUCGAGCUGCUCAAGAACAAGCAGAGUGUGCGUCGCUUGAUGCUGUGUACCUCGGUCGCCGUCAUCACAAUGUGUUCUGGGAACAACAUCAUCAGUUUCUAUUUGGGCAAGAUGCUGACCAAUGCCGGCAUCACCAACAGCAACACUCAGUUGGAAAUUAAUAUCAUCUUGAAUGCUUGGUGUUUGGUGGUCGCCCUGGUCGGGACUUUCCUUGUGGACAGCGUAGGCCGAAAACCUUUGGGCAUCAUCUCAUGCGUGCUCAUGACAAUCUUUAUCUUCCUGGUGGGGGCUUUGACAAAAGUCUAUGGCGACAGUACCAACAAUUCGGGCAUCUACGGCACGGUGGCCACCAUCUUUUUGUUUCAAGGCUCAUACAGUCUGGCCUGGACGCCUCUCGCCAUGCUGUACCCGCCCGAGGUCUUGAACUAUUCGGUGCGAUCUGUCGGCAUGGGCGUGUAUACAUUUCUUACCAACGGAUUUGGCCUCAUGGUCACGAUGGCCUUCCCCUACGCGCUGGACGCCAUCGGCUGGAAGACGUACAUGAUCAACGGCGUGUGGGACGUGCUCCAGAUUGGCUACGUCGUCUACUACUGGGUCGAGACCAAGGGUAAGACUCUCGAGGAGAUCGACGAACUGUUCGGCGGUGCCGACCACUUGACCGGCCCGCGCAUCCAAGAGGUCCUGCAGGGCAUCGAGCCGCACCUCGCCCUUGACGGUACGGACGUCGUGGUGGCCGACGGGAAGCAGGCGAUCCACAAGACCACCUCCAAGGAGUAG